CUAAACUUCAGAUGUAAACAAAUAUUAUCAUCGUUAUUUAAUAUGAUGAAAGUAACCAGAAUCCUUCAGCCAAGUAAAAAAAAGUCAAUGAUUUUAAAGUCUAGUACUAUUCUUGUCGUACUUCCACAACAAUUGCAGAUGCCAGAAACGAACCACCGCUAAAUAAUACUGCGGAUGUAAAACCAUUCAAUAAAGUCCCUGGACCUCGAGGGCUUUACAACAUACCUUACAUUGGCGCGGCUUUGCAUUUUAAACCUUUUAGUAAAUAUCAACCAGGUGAUGUCAAUAUAGUACUGGACAACUUCAAACAAAAAUACGGGGAUAUAUAUAAGAUAAAAUUUGGACCAAAUAACAUGGUAAUCGUUAGUCAUCCAGACUAUGCUAAAACAGUUCUUCAAGCAAACUAUGAACAGCAUAAAAAGAUUGAUUUUGAUAUUAGUACUAUUUUUCAUGAAAGAACUAAAACCACAAAAGGAAUGGUUUUACUAAUUGGACAAGAAUGGGCAGAACGAAGAAAACCAGCUCAGGAAAAAAUGUUACGCCCAGCCGUUGUAGCUAGUUAUGUCCCCUUGAUCGAAUCGGUAACAGACGAUUUCAUAAAUGUAUUACGGAAGAAAACAGAAGUUAAUGAUCUUCUGUGGGAACUUCUUAACUACACAACUGAAAGUGUAGGUAUGUUGACCUUUAAUAAAAGACUAGGCUGUUUAUAUACAGAAAAGAACAAUCCUGCUGUUGUUGCAUCAAUUAUCAGAAAUGUACUGGAUAUGUUCCAAGAAGCAAUGUUUAUGCCAUUUAAAUCUUACUUGUAUUUUAGAACACCAUUUUAUAAACGAUUCGAGGAAAAUAUGCUAAAAUUUGGCGAAAUAAUAAAUGCAGAACUAGCAGCACAAAAGGACUUCCUGACAAAAUUACAACAUGAAGGUAAACUGGAUGAAUAUCUUGAAAAAAAACCGAACUUUAUGUACUCUUUACUUUCUGAUAGCAGAGUAACAGACGAUCAAGUAAAUAGUAUUGUUAUGGACUUGUUUGGUGUUGGUAUUGACUCGAGUGCCAAUACACUGGUGUUUUUAUUGUAUCAAUUAGCUGUCAACCAGGACAAGCAAGCUAAACUGUUUGACGAAAUUAAAAAAAUUGUUGGUAAUAGUCUAAAAUUGACAAAGGAACACCUUGCUAACAUGUCGUACAUGAAAGCUUGUCUAAAGGAAUCUCAUAGGGUAAUCUUUCCAACCUCAGCAGGAUUAGCACGUGUUGUAGAAUCUGAUUUAGUCAUUGGAGGAUAUCGGUUACCUAAGGACACACUGGUGAUCAUCAAUAUGAGUUCUAUGACAGCAGACGAUCGGUUUUUCUCACAACCGACCGAGUUCCUUCCAGAAAGAUGGCUGCGGAAUACAACUGAUGAACUAGCAAGGAGCUAAGAAUUUCCAUUUGCACACACACCAUUUGGUUUUGGUCCAAGAUCGUGUAUUGGUCAACGGUUUGCCGAGAAUGAAAUUUUUAUUUGUCUAACAAAGUGUAGUAGAAGUUGA